AUGGAGUCCUCUGGAUACAAACGCCGAAAGUGCAAUGGAAUCCCAUACCCCUAUAUCCCGUAUGCUGACCAGGACUAUGGGCACCAUGAAACAGCGAAUCAUCCCAUAUUCAUUCGAACUGUACCGCGUCUCCUCCCCAAAAAUAUUCUCAAGUCCGACAGCUUCUGUGCUGAAUCUAUCACUCGAGUAGAUAAAGAAAAUGAGCAGCUGGUCCGAAGCUGCCACCCUACUCUGUCCUCGAGGGCGACAGUGAUGGUUUCAGAGUCCAGUUUUGGUGAGCCUGUCUGGCUCAUCCUAUCGCCAAUCACCUCACCAGAGGUUAUCUAUGCGGGCGGCCGACCGAUCCACUACCUGCCCGGACAUCAUAGCGAGUAUAUCCCCGGACUCAUCACGCCACGAUCACCGGGAGUCUAUGACCAGCACUUCUCCCGAUACAUCAAUCCUCGACGGUUUUUGAGAUCCACGGAUCUCGAUAGCCUUCGACAGCUCUUUCCAGGUGCUGUGGGUGCUACGGUGCUUAUUGCUGGCUUCUUGAUUAUCCUUUUCGACGAUAUACAGCAUGUGCACGAUGCGUAUAGUGAGAUUUACCCACUAGAGCUGGCUGGUCUGCUUGUGCACUUUGAUAUUGCCCGCGGUGACUUAACGACAGUGCCUUUUCAGUACGGUCUAGGCAUUGGUGCGCGCAUUGGGGAAGAAAAUAACAGCGCAGGAUGCAUCGGCCUAAAGGUCCGGCUUCAGGAUGGCUCUGAGGCGAUAACAACUGUAACACACGGGUUUGUGUAUUGUCCAGGAUCUUCUGUUGCGGCGAAUGUGAUGAACCUCAUUCAAACUACUCUUGACAGGGUAAAGGGGCUGUUAGUACGGUAUCUCCCAACCCGAAUUCGAAUGGACACUACAUUUAUCAUGCACUCUGGGGCACUUACCAACAAUCCCGUUGGAAGAGAAGUCUUGAUUGCCUCAUCUCACAUGAAGAUUGGAAACAUCUCAUACUCCUACGACCGACCAAGCAAAACCAAGCCCUAUCCGCACGGGUAUGAUCAUGAUCUCUGCCUUAUCUCCGAUUCAGCACUUCCAGAUGUGUCCAACCCGCCCGGCUACCCAGUAGUCACUGAGUGGGCGGAUUACUCCACUGCCCUUGAUGGGCAAGACGUAUACACUGUCUGCCACCAUGCAAAUGUUGGGCGAUGGCGGGUUAUCGAGGGCAAGUCGGACUCUACCCUCUUCAGUAGGGCAGUUAUUCUAGGAACAGGGUAUAGAUGGAAUCAGAGAGAUCAUACCCAAGCCGUCUUCUUGCUCUGGCAUACCGAGCCAGCCCUCACUCCUGCUAAUGGGUGGUCAGGGGCUCCCCUAUGCGUAGGGCGGCCAUCUGAUCCAAUCGCCAAAGCAGCGGUAUUCCAAAACUUCCAAAUACCAUGUACGCUUCCACAGGAUGGGAACGAAAGGGUUGAUGCAAUGAUCAAGGCAGGCUUUGUUCUUCCUGCCAACAUCAAGAACUCUACCAUCCUUAGUGCACAGGAAACGAAUGCGCUUCCUAGGAGCUUACAUCCCGACAUAAGAGUUGAUAGACCAAUUAAAUAA